GGGGUGGGGAAUAAAAACUGUGGUCCCAGCAGUCCUGGGCACUGAGGGACAGCAGUGACCAUGAGUGACUUCAAGGAAGCGAGGGUGCAGCAGCUGGACCCCCUGGAGGAGGAGCUGAUGGCCAGCGGUACAAGAUACUCCGUAAGAGACUAUGGAUUCCCACUGCCUUCCAGAGGUGGCGGUUUUGCAGGAUGUCUGAGCUCCAACUACUUCCUGCUGAUGCUGCAGCUACUCUCCCUCACGAUCUUGGCUGGGCUCCUGAUGGCCGUCCUUGUCCAAGUCUCCAAGGCGCCCGGCUCCCAGGAACAGGAGCAGGAGCUGUCCAAGCAGAAGGUGUACCAGGAGCUGACGCAGCUGAAGGUGGGAGUCGACCGCCUGUGCCGCCCCUGCCCCUGGGACUGGACGUUCUUCCAAGGAAACUGUUACUUCUUCUCCAAGUCCCAGCGGAACUGGCACGACUCUGUCACCGCCUGCCAGGAAGAGGGGGCCCAACUAGUCAUCAUCAAAAGUGCCGAGGAGCAGAGCUUCCUGCAGCAGACUUCCAAGAAUAAAGGCAGCACCUGGAUGGGGCUCUCAGACCAGAACCAGGAAGCCACGUGGCACUGGGUAGAUGGUUCGCCUCUGUCCCGCAGCUUCAAGUACUGGAACCCAGGGGAGCCCAACAACGUCGGGGAGGAGGAUUGCGCGGAGUUCACCGGCGACGGCUGGAAUGACGCCAAGUGUGACACGGAGAAGUUCUGGGUCUGCAAGAACUCCACGGCCUCCUGCUCCCACACCUGAAAGCCGCUCCUCUCACCGGUCACUGCCACCCGAGCUGGCCCGCCAGGCGGUCUGGGUACCUCCUUCUCCCCGUGCGCACCCAGAUCUUAACAGGCGCCCUGAUUCCCCCGUCUGGGAGUCCUUGUCAUCCAAGGGGCUGGACUUCGAUGUCUCCAGGUUCUCUUGGGCUUCGCGGUGUGGCUCUGGUCCACGUUGGUGGCUUAACAGCGUGACCAGGUGUCCGAUACCUUCAGGACCUAGAGUGUUGCAUUCACUGACUCUGCCUUCCGGUGGAGACUGGAGGGGUCUGUGGCCUAGGUAGCCUUAGCGUCCCUGCCCUUCCUCUCUGCACACCUCCCUUCCAUCUGCUCGACCUUCAUCCGCCUCCCUGCGCCCCACGCCUCAGCUCCAGCUCCCCUUGGUGACGCUGUGUGGAGCCUGCAGUCCAGGCCCCGAUCUCUCUUGGAGAAGGGCAUGCUGCCCAGCUGCUCCCGGCCCUUUCCUGCCACAGGGAGCUGCUUCCUCCCGGGUCAGCCUCCUUCUCGGCCCAUCUCAAGUGGGUGCAGCAGGGUAAGGAUGUGGCCGCGUUGGGCCAACAUGGGGCAACUCAGAAGGACCCUUCUGGUUCCACGGCACCCCAUGGGGUCAGCUGCAGCCCAUCAGAGCCCUCCUGCUGAUCUCUUCCCUCUGCCCCGUCCUGUUCCCUUCAGUGGCCUAAUAAAAAUAUCUCUGUGGUCUUUGUCCA